UUGAUUUUGAGCAGAGUAUGGAGAUGUUUUGCUAAUUCUAGGAAACUGUGUUUUCCGUUCAUACAUGAGGAAAACUGUAUAAAAAAAUCAUACUUCUCCUUUCAUUUUGACAACGAAGCUCACAUUCUGUACCAUCUUAUUUUGGGACUCUGUAGCCUGCAUAAUUGUGUAUUUUCCUCCUGGUAUUUCUUAUUUCUGAUUUUAAAUAUUUUUAAUUUAUAUUUUACAGGAUUAUUGUAUGUUUUUUAUUUGAGUUUUAUAUUAAUUUUUAAAUUAAAAUAACGCAUGUAAUUUUUACAAAAAUCAAAUAGAAUUUAAAUUUGUAUGUAAAAACAAUUUCUCUCUAUUAUCUCCCUCUACAGACUUAACCACUUAAACAGUGAUGGGAAGAUUUGUGUGUGCACAGUUAAUUUUAUUGCUUGGGCAACCGUAUAGUCUGGUGAUUAGGAUUGAACUGGCCUUUUUGUUGGGAACUCCCAAACAUCUGUGUCUCUUAGUCCUCAGGCAAAGAAUCCAUCUUCUGCCAGGGGACUGGACUGUUGGCGCCUGCUAGCAUUCUAGGAACAAAAUGGUAGGAGGGGCUGUGCUGAAGAAUCUCAAUCAUUUAAAAUACAGAGAUUAACUUAUUUUCCCUAUUUUAAAAUUAAUUUUUAUUAUACGUUUAUUAGUUUUUUUUGAAUGGGGAGUACAUAUAAUGGUAAACGGUUUAAAGGAGAUGAAAGAAGGUAGAAUGAAAAGGUGGACUCUCAUCUUGUGCCCCAGGCAGCCAGUUUCCUGCCUCGGGAGUAUUGCUCGUCUCUGGUGUGAUCUUUCUGUGUGUGUGUUUAUAUUUCCCCCCAACACACAUAGCAGUAGCAUAUUGUACACACUAUUCUGUCCUUUUUUUUUUUUUUCAACCACUUAAUCUGUGUUUGGUUUUCUUUGCUUUAGGGAGCUAUGUUUCUUUCUUAAAAGUUCAUGUUUUUGUCCUGUAUAUUACCUUAGUAACUAUGAUUUUGUAUAAUAUACUUAAUCUUCUCUUUCUUCUGUCAGUGUUUACUGACUUCCCUCUGUUGAACAGUUACUAGUUUUAUUUUCAUUUCCCUUUCUCUCCCCUGCGUCCUUUCCCCUCCAGAUUUGAUGAUUAUAUUUUUUGAUUAGUGUAAGGUAGAUCUGUCUGCAGGCAAACCUUCAUACGCAGAUUUCAACUCUUUCUCUCAUUUUCAGCCCCCUAGCUUCAUUCCUACAGUUCUUAUAUUCAGUCCUCCAGUUUCUGAGCCUUGGCACGGCAAGUUGCUUCAUUGUCAUCAGUAUGUUCUCUUGAGGUUCUUGAGUUAAGGCCUUCUCCCCUCUGCUAAAUCAGUUAUCACUCUUCCAACCACUUUUUUAAAAUUUAAUUUUAUAUUGGAGUAUAGUUGAUUUACAAUAUUGUGUUAGUUUUAGGAGUACAGCAAAGUGAUUCAGUUAUACAUAUACAUAUAUCAUUUCUUUUUCAGAUUCUUUUCCCCUGUAGGUUAUUACAGAAUAUUGAGUAGAGUUCCAUGUGCUAUACUAUACAGUAGGUCCUUGUUGAUUAUCUAGUUUAUAUGUAGUGUGAAUAUGUUAAUCCCAAACUCCCUCCCCACUGCAACCACUUACUAUCUUCUGAAAAUAUUUUGAAAUUUCUCAUCUUUUGACAAAUUCUUUCCCAUUACUUGUCCUGUGGUUUUAUAUCUUUUUUGCCCCUUUAUUUCAUUUUCUUGGAGUUUCAAGAGGAAGAAGAAAUCAUGUGAGGUGGUCUGUCAUAUUUAACCAGAAGUCUAAAAUUAAUUAAUUUAAAAAAUUAACUGAGAACAACAAAAAGUGCGCGGGAGCUGGGCGGGUGCGCGGACGCCGGGGCCGGGCCCCGCUGCGCCCCGCCGCGCCCCGCUGCUCGGGGGGCAUGUCUCACAGCCCGAACUUGACCGCGCACAUGCCCGCCACCUCCCUCAGCGCCUCUGGGAGCGUCCACCCGCCCUCCACCAGUAUGGCGACGUCUUCCCAGUACCGCCAGCUGCUGAGUGACUACGGGCCGCUAUCUCUGGGCUAUGCCCAGGAAACUGAGAAGAGCCAGGUGCCCCAGAGCAAAUACGCGGAGCUGCUGGCCAUCAUCGCAGAGCUGGGGAGAGAGGUCAGACCCCUCUCCGCGGGCAGCUGGAGCGCGAUGGGGAGCCUGAAACGCGGCAUCAUCCACGCACGAGGGUUGGUGCGGGAGUGCUUGGCAGAAACGGAACGGAAGGCCGGGUCCUAGCUGCCUAGUGAGCCUGGAAGGUUUUCUGUCUUCUUCCGAGAGGAGAAGUUACAGUAGUUCAUCUCUCCUGUUAGGAUGAAACUUUGUUUUCAAAAUGGUAACAGUUUUGUUUCUCCUCCCCCCCGCCCCUCCCGUGGUUCACCAGGCUCCGAAUCUACAGCCUGUAAGAUUGAGGAAAGAUUUUGUGGUUGAU